AUGGCGAACAACCCCGCAACAACAGAAAAAACUCUUGAUAGUCCGAGCGACUACAGCUUGCAGUUAAAUCGAUGGUUACUAAAACCAAUAGGCGCCUGGCCGGCGUUCACAUCAACAUCCAGAUGCGAUAGGAUUAUUUCGUUUCUUUUAGUCACUCUCUGUUAUGGCCUCGUGUUAUUCACCGUGAUCCCUUGCAUACUCCACCUUAUUUUCGAAGAUGAGACUGUUUACGCGAAGCUAGAAAAAUUUGGUAUUCUCAGUCACUGGAUCUUCGGUGGCAUCAAUUACACGAAUUUACUGCUGCAAAGCAGGGACAUUCAAUAUUGCAUCCGUCAUAUGCAAACUGACUGGAAAGAAGUAAAAAGACCAGAACACUUACGCGUGAUGAUGAAGCACGCCAAAAUCGGGCGUCUGGUCGCCGCUGUUCGCAUUUUUUUCAUGCAAAGCGGCAUGUUGACGUACUACGUGGGGAAAGUGGUCGCCAGGGAAACCAUCAUAAUCGGAAAUCAGACCAAAAUCAUUCGUGUGUUACCCUGUGCUGUGUAUAAGAAUUUAAUUCCGUUUGAUACCAGCCCGACGUACGAAAUAGUCUUCGCUCUACAAUUUAUGUCUGGGUGGAUUGCGAAUAUGAGCGCUCUCGGCGCUCUUAGCAUCGGUGUCGUGUUCACGUCUCACGCCUGUGGUCAAUUGACCAUCUUGAUGACGUGGAUCAAGGAAUUUAUGAAUCGGCCUAAAGACGAGAAGAACAACCUUGAGUUAAACGAAAUAGGUGAGAUCGUCGAGUAUCAUAUCAAAGUGUUGAGUUUCGUAGCAGGCAUCGAGAAUGUAAUGACUGGAUUCUGCUUCAUCGAAAUGCAGAAAAGCAAACUUGAAAUAUCCAUGCUUGGGUAUUUCAUUAUCACAGACUGGGCCAACGAUAAUGUUCAAAGCGCAUCCGCGUUUAUCAUUAUAAUAAUAUCCCUGAGUUUCAAUAUCUUCAUACUGUGUUAUAUCGGUGAUAUAUUAACAGAACAGUGCAGAAAGAUUGGCGACGUGGUGUAUGCGACAAACUGGUAUUAUCUGCCCAACAAAGACAUGCUUAACUUGAUUUUGAUCAUCUCAAGAUCAAAUUCUGUGAUCAAGAUUACUGCUGGGAAAAUGACCCACAUGUCCAUAAACACAUUCGGCGAUGUAAUAAAACUGACGUUUGCGUACUUUAAUCUAUUGCGACAAGUAUCAUGACAAUCUGCACAACUAGUAGAACCUGCAUAAAAAUUGUAAGACGUAGGAGAUAAAGAUUUGCAACAAAUAUAUC